GCUUCACUGGGGAUGGCUGUGAGAUUUCUGCUGCUGCUGCUGCUGCUUUUCAUCCGCGAGAAAAAUGUUAUCCGCUAUCUGGCGUUGCAGUUGCGGUCGCUAAUUUCUUCCCCAAGGCAAAACGUGAGGGUAUUUCAGUGAGUCGGACACUUUGCAAAGAGUCGAACGGGUCGUUUAAGCAUGAUUUGACGUGGUCAGUAUUUGCUCUGGACAAGGACUCUGUGGAUGUGGACCAUCACACAUGCUGUACAUACUUAGACAUCAACCAUGUCUCAGUCUGAAUCCUGUGCAAACGUGUGGGACUGGUUGUGUGUGCUUCGCCUGGAGCAGUAUUCUGAGGCAUUUCAUAGUGCUGGGUUGGCAACGGUGCAACAAUGUCGCAACCUCAGACUAGGUCAGCUGGAGCAGAUGGGCAUCACCCUGCCAGGUCACCAGAGACGCAUCUUAGCCAGUCUGAGUAAAACACACGGUAAUCAAGAUACACAGUCUUCACCUGUACAGACCGAGAGAUCGGAAGAAGCGCUCUAUGCUCAAGCGUUACGCAGAGAGAGACCUGUGCCUUGCCCAGCGGAAGAAAAACCUUUCCUUGAAAAAAGAGAUGAAGAGACACAGAGGCCUACACCAAAGGAGAGAGAGAGACCAGUUCCUAAAGAGAGACAGGUGUACCGAGUGCAAGAGAGCAGUAGAGAAGGAGGGGAGAAGAAGCCAGUUCCUGGACAAAGACAAACAGCACCUAGAAGAGGACAAGAGGAAGACAAGAAUGGAAGACUUGACGGGGAGAGAGAGAAGCCUGUGCCAAGAGAGAGGACUAAAUUCCGCUCUAGUCCUCUAGUUGACAGUCAGCCUAGCCCCCUUGUCUCUCCAACAGGUGACACCUCUUUACCCCCUGUCCCUCCACGAAGCACCCCCAACUGCCCUCCACAGCGUUUCACUUCUUCCCUGAGCCCCUCUCCUCCUGCUCAAACCACUGGCUCCCCUAAAGCAGACAGCCAUGCUGGCAGAGUACCAGCUGAACAGUGCAGAUCUGUGUCACCAAGUUCCACCCCUACCCCUGUCCCCACACAGGCACCACUCCAACCUGCCAACUCCCCCUCAACCCAAACUAGACCUCAGACAUUGGCCAUUCAGCCACUUACCCAACUCCUAAGUAGUGAUGGGGGGAAAAAACCUUCACCAGUCUCUGCCUCCCCCACCAAUGACAGGAAUGCUCCACCUCUCCCUCCAAAAGUGGGGUCAGGACCUAAAGGACCCCCACCAGUACCACAGCGGUUUCCUACACAGUCUCCCAGCCCAACUCCCACCCAGACCAGUACUGAGGAGUCACAUAAAGACCAAACUCCACAGGUCCCACCUCGCAUCCGGACACCCCAAACUCAAGGAAAUACACCACAAAUUACUCAACCUGACACGCAGCCGGCUCCGCCUACUAGGAGGAUCCCCCAAAGUCCACGUGAGCAGAGGUUGGAUUUGGUCGAUGAUGAUUCUGAUGACUACGAGGAUCCAGACUUGUUUUACUCUGGUGUUCAAACAAUGAACACAACAGACAGCGAUAUGUCCCUGCAAGUGCCUGGUCAGUCAGACCCACGGCGCAGUUCGUUGUGCAGUGAUGAUGGGCUUUUGGAUGAUGGUCCUUUAUGGCAAGAUGAGGGGACAUUCAGCUCACAAGGCAGUUUCUAUCUGCCAGACAGUGGCAGACUACCUACAGCCAAUAAAGACGACAGCUCUCAACUCUCUGCUCCUGUUAUCAAGAUGGGUUGGCUGGACAAGAAUCCACCUCAAGGGGCUCUGUAUUACCAGAGGCGAUGGGUAAAGCUAGAUGUUGAUUAUCUGAGAUACUUUGACAAUGACAAGGACGUGUAUUCCAAGGGUAUCAUCUCAACAGCGUUCAUCACUAAUGUGACUAGUGUGGGGGAGCUGAAAUUUGAGGUUGUCACAAACAACCGAACCUUCAUCUUCAGGGCUGAAAGUGAUGCUGAAAGAAACGACUGGGUGACUGUACUGCAGGACAUCAGGGGGCGCCAUCGGCACAGCACAAUAAAUCCUGGUUCUCCUCUGGUCCCAGACUAUCAGGGCUAUCUUGAGCUCAGAGGAUUACGCUCCAAACUAUAUACAGUUGUCGCCUCAGAUAAAGUUUUCCUCUACAAAAAUAUCGAUGACUAUCGUAUUGGAGUGGGCAUCACAUCUAUUGAGAUGAAUGUGGGAAAUGUUAAAGACACAGAUCGUCGUAGCUUUGAUCUCACCACACCAUACCGCAUAUUCAGUUUUGUGGCAGAGUCAGAGCAGCUGAAAGAGCAGUGGGUGGAUGCCAUGCGGAAUGCCAUAGGUGAGGCGUUGUCCAAUAGUGAGGUGGCCGAGCGGAUCUGGAUGGAACCUAGCAACAGCUCCUGCGCCGACUGUGGGGCUCCCAAGCCAGAAUGGGCAGCCAUCAACUUGUGUGUGGUUGUCUGCAAACGAUGUGCAGGAGAGCACAGAGGGCUAGGUCCUAGCAUCUCAAAAGUUCGGAGUCUGAAGAUGGAUAAGAAAGUGUGGACAGAGGAGCUUAUUCAGGUGUUCCUGUUGCUAGGCAACAAGCGAGUGAACAGUUUCUGGGCAGCUAAUGUCCCACCAAGUGAAGCUUUAACACCCUCUAGCUGCAGCGAAGAGAGACGGCGCUUCAUCGCCAACAAAUACCGUCAGGGCAAAUACAGGAAAUACCACCUUCUGUAUGGAAACCAGAAAGAGCUCAACAAUGCUCUAUGUAUAAAUGUGCAGUGCAGUGAUGUGCUGGAGACGUUAAGCCUGAUUUUCUGUGGGGCAGAUGUGAAUUGUUCAACUGGUAUGACAAGUAAUCCCUCGCCACUCUCCCUGGCCCUCGCACACUCGCAACCCUUACAGGCUGAGUUGAUAAACCAUAAUCUGAACACAGAGCUGCCAGGAUCAAGCGAGAGCCUGCCUAUGGAACCGGAACAUUACCUGCCAGCACCUUGUGUUUCUCACAAUGGCUUCCUGUUCAAAACGGCUUCCAUGGUUCGAGCUAUCACAGAGCGCAAGGUCAAAGACGAGUUCAGUCGUCGCUGGUGCAUGCUAAAUGAUGGCACCUUCAGCUACUAUGAAAGUGACAAGAACUCAAACCCUAAUGGAGCACUGAAAGCUUCGGACAUAGUCUGUUUGGCUGUCGAUCCCCCUGAGAAACAUGGGUAUGACUACACCUUUGAACUGUAUUCAGAGUCUGAGCGUCUCUAUCUGUUCGGCACCGAUGACCCAGAAAGCCACAAGGAAUGGGUCAAGUCUAUUGCCAAAAGCUUCAUCCCAGCCACUGCAGAGCCUUUACUCAGACUGGGUUUUGAGCGGAUUGGACGGCUGAAGUGUAAAGAAGGCUUGAAUCUACAAACGUCCAAAGUUGGGUGGUUUGCUCUGGUGGGCUCAACACUUCAUGUGUACCUGGGGGGCAGCCAAGGAGAGGAGAUCCACCUCCGCAAACUAAACGAGCUCUCAAUACAACAAGACAAUGAAGUGCUGGUUCUGGUGGAGAAAGGAAGGACUCUCUACAUAGAGGGAGAGAGAAAGCUGGAUUUUUCUGGUUGGUGUGUAGCCAUCCAGGCGGCAGCAGGGAGCGGAGGAGACACACUGAGCCAGCAGCAGCUCACAGAGACAGAUAUUCCCAUCAUAGUACACAGCUGCAUUGGCUACAUCACACAGUGCGGCUUGACGUCAGAGGGCAUUUAUCGCAAGAGUGGUGUAAACUCCCGUGUGGCGGCGCUGUGUGAGAGAUUUCGGCGUGACGCUCGCAGUGUUUUUCUAAAAGAAGGAGAGCAUCAGGUUGACGAUGUCUCCAACACACUCAAACGCUUCUUCAGGGAGUUAGAAGAGGGUCUGUUCACAUCACAGGAUUCCAAAACAUGGCUCAGUAUUGCCGCCAACCAGGAUGAAAGUAUGAAAAUCUCCCAGUACAAGGUCCUCUUGGACAAACUGCCUCGUGUCAACAAGGCUACACUACAAGCCCUUAUCAACCACCUCUACUGCGUGCAGCGUUUUUCUGAGCUAAACCAGAUGAACCUCCAUAACCUGGCAAUAGUGUUCGGUCCCACUCUGUUCCAAACUGACGGGAAAGACUACACUGCUGGCCGCGCCAUAGAGGACCUCAUAGAGCACUACACACUCAUCUUUGAGGUGGAUGAGCAGCAGCUAAAGAAGCAGCUAGAUGAAAUCAAAGUUAUCAUCCAAGUGCGAGAGAAACUCAACACCAAGUUUCCUAGCACUGAGCCUGGAGGCCACUUCAUCUGUACAGUGUACCUGGAGGAAAAGAAGCAAACGGCUGAGCAGCAUGUCAAGAUCCCUGGUGCCAUGACAGCAGCAGAGCUGACGUAUGAGGUUUUGGAUCGACGUAACAUUCCAGUUAAAGAAAAAGAGUACUGGAGCUGCUGGGAGGUUUGCGACAAGGAGGAAAUGGAACGCCCGCUGCACUAUCAGGAGCGAGUCUUACCCAUCCUACACUCCUCUGGUUCCGAUUCCAAUCUGCUCAUAAAGAAACAUCUUGCUAUGGAAGCAAUGCUUGUCUACCUUGCUAGUAAAGUGGAUCCUUCCAAACACGGAAUGAUGAAAUUCAGAGAGGAACGAAGCAUCUUGGGGUUGGGGCUCUCCUCUGGAAAUUUCCACGACCGAUAUUUCAUCCUCAGCUUUACCUCUCUCAGAAUGUACAAGGAUGUCAGAAGUAACCGCCCAGAACGUGACUGGCCAGUCAAGAACUUAAAGGUUUACCUAGGUAUCAAGAAGAAGCUUCGCCCUCCUACAUGCUGGGGACUGACAGUGGUGUAUGAAAUCAAGAAGCAAGAGAAGCCAGAAAGACAGCAGUGGUAUCUGUGCUGUGACACCCAGUCAGAAAUGAGGGAGUGGCAUGCUACCUUUCUCAGUAUCCAGUAUGAUGGUGACGUGUGGUGUCAGGACGGAUUCCAGCAGACACGGGCAAGCCGUGUGCUGCCAGAUACGCGUCAUGGUAACGUGUCACUGAUACCGCUGCGUGGCAGUGAGAAUGAGAUGCGGAACAGUGUGGCAACUUUCAGCCAAGAUCCGCUUGCUAUCUUUAGAGAUGUUCGAUAAUGGCUGGGGGCAAGGAAGUGCAGGAGUUGGCCUCAUCAGAUGAUCUCCAGACAUUCCUGUGACUUUCUCUUUCUGCGCCUGUACUCAACAGAAGGACAGACGUUCAGAAAGCACUGACACCCGCACCAUGUGUGUUUCAUGGACUCACUCUUCCAUCCUUGGAAUAUGAACUGGACCAAAAAGAAAAGGGCCAGCAGGAUCACAUGUAAAUAUAAUAUACACUGGUUACUGUGCACAAAUUAAUUUUACUUUAUGCACAGAAGAAGUAGCUGGAAGUUCUGGCAUUAAAAUGAAAGACAGUUUAAUGGACCACAAUCACUUUGAAAGAGUUACUGAUUCGCUUCCAGCAAGUCUGCAGCCACUGUUUACUUUGGUGUUUGGAAUCAGAAGAGCAAUGCUGAAAGAAAUGUGUAUUUGUUCAUAAAAGACUUGUUAGGAAGUUUUUUAUUUUUUUUGCAGACAUGUAUUAGCCAAAUCAGUUUUUAGCUCUGAAUUAUUUUUCAUGACAUUCUUCAGGUAACUGUGCAGUUAGAAACUGAAUAACUGCUAUUGUAAAGCAGAAGCUAAUGUCAUAAAAGACUGUGACCUGAUUCUGUCCACUGGGACUGAAAAAUGACAGGUGAUCGGUCCAUGUCUGUUACUCCACAGGGCUCUUGCCGGUACUGUGUAAAACCUUGGUCAAAGUUGCGUGUUUACCUGUGUGCACAUGUGCACUAGUGUAUGUUUAUGUAUGGCUGAGUUUUAUCUGGUCUGGAAGGUAAUGGAAGGAGUCAAAAAAAAAAAUGAAUUAAAGGAAGAACAUCACAGGUGUGGGGAAAAAUACAAUAAAAUAGGACAAAUACUUGAUUUAUUCUUCUCAAUCAGUUAAAUACACACACACACACACACACACACACACAUACAUAUACACAUUAUGUUUGAUCACUUGUCCCAUCUUUUCUUCCUGUCCUCACUGCCUCUUCUCUGUAGGUUCUUCUUUAAAUCUGGCAUACAGUGAGGAUGCUUAGAGACAAAAUCCAGCCAUUGCAGCCAUUAAUUAGCAGUAUUGAUAGAAAUCUUCAAGGACAAGAAACAAAUUAAAUAUCACUGAAAUGCUCUUAUUCCACAUACUUGGUGCCCAACUUGUAUAUAUUUUGUCUAAAAACUAACCUGUCAACAGUUGUCUUACCAGCUAGAUUUGAACUUUGCCCCAUUGCCCAUCGUCACUACCUUGUAGUGUUGUUACUCUUGUUCCACCUGUAGGUUUUUCUUAAUGUAAAGAUUUAUUUAUUUUGGCAGCAGAGGGCGUUAGAUGCUGCAUUGCAGAAUGUGUGGGCCCAGCCUCCAUCUGUGAUGAUUUUUAGCUAAACGAUUAAAUACCCUCUAGCAAAGCACCUGUGAAGAAUGUGUGAGUACAGUAUGCACGAGCGUGUGUGUGUUAUUAACUCUGACCUCAGCGCGAGUUGAGGAGACUCCUCUUUUUAAGUAUAACACUUCCUAUAGAAAGUAUUCCCUCUGUACUUCUUUGUGGAUUCACAGCAUAGAAUUACAUUCAAUAAUGGUAAAUACAUUUUAGGAGGAUUAAAUUUGAUUUAAUUCUGAGUUAAACCUUUCAGAUUAAAACCAAAUAACUUUUACACAUUGGUUACAUUGGUAUGAUUUAAUUAUUUUUUCUGUUAUUCAUCUGUAAUUAAUUUGGAUAACAGGUUUUAUAUGACUGUCUGAAUUCCUGUCUUUUACAGCUCUCAAAUUCAACGUUGUAAAACAAAGAUCCAACAGAGGUUGGUGAAUACUUUUUAUAGCUGGUGUCUACACUGUGGGUCUCGGUCUUUCUUAUUCUGUUACUCAGCAUUUUUACAGAUUUUUGCAUCUCUGAAACUCUAAUAAACACAUUCAGCUAGU